GAGACAUUAUAAGUACCUCCUCGCUCCCCACCUAGUUAAUUUAACUUUGUGCCAACUCCUAAAGCCAAACUUAUAUCUUCCUUUGUUUGACAUAAUACAAGAAAAAAAGAAAGAGCUAUGGAUGUUCAUGAUCUAUCUGAAGAAGCCAAAAGAGGAGUAAUACACACGUCGGAGGAAUCAUUGGACGAUCUUUGUGUUGAUUUUCGAGGUCGGCCAUGCAGGCCAAGCAAGCAUGGUGGUACAAGAGCUGCCCUCUUUGUUCUAGGCUUCCAAGCUUUCGAGAUGAUGGCGAUCGCAGCUGUUGGAAACAACUUGAUCACAUACGUAUUCAAUGAGAUGCAUUUCCCUUUGUCAAAAUCCGCAAACCUCGUUACUAACUUCAUAGGAACGGUGUUUCUCCUCUCGCUUCUUGGUGGCUUCCUCUCUGAUUCAUACCUUGGAAGCUUUCGUACCAUGCUCGUUUUUGGCGUCAUCGAAAUCUCUGGUUUCAUAUUAUUGUCAGUCCAAGCUCAUCUCCCAGAGCUAAGACCACCAGAAUGCAACAUGAAGAGCACCACAAUACAUUGCGUAGAGGCAAAUGGUUACAAGGCAGCCACUCUCUACACCGCACUCUGUUUAGUGGCCUUAGGGAGCGGCUGCCUCAAACCGAACAUCAUCUCUCACGGUGCAAACCAGUUUCAAAGGAAAGAUUUGAGGAAGCUCUCGAGUUUCUUCAAUGCGGCUUACUUCGCCUUCUCAAUGGGUCAGCUUAUUGCACUCACACUCUUAGUUUGGGUGCAAACACAUUCUGGUAUGGACGUUGGUUUUGGUGUCUCCGCGGCUGUUAUGGCCGCGGGGAUGAUCAGCCUUGUCGCUGGAACUAGCUUUUAUAGGAAUAAACCGCCUAGUGGUAGCAUCUUCACACCAAUUGCUCAGGUCUUCGUAGCCGCGAUCACUAAACGAAAACAGAUUUGCCCAUCAAACCCAAACAUGGUUCACCAACCUUCAACGGAUCUUGUUCGUGUCAAACCUCUCCUCCAUUCUAAUAAAUUCAGGUUUCUUGACAAGGCUUGCAUCAAGACGCAAGGCAAGGCAAUGGAGAGUCCAUGGAGACUCUGCACAAUCGAACAAGUCCAUCAAGUCAAGAUAUUGUUAUCAGUCAUACCGAUAUUCGCGUGUACUAUCAUCUUCAACACCAUCUUAGCUCAGCUUCAAACUUUCUCUGUUCAGCAAGGAAGUUCCAUGAACACACACAUUACAAAAACUUUCCAAAUUCCACCAGCUUCUCUUCAAGCCAUUCCUUACAUCAUUCUCAUCUUCUUUGUGCCUCUCUACGAGACGUUCUUCGUCCCACUCGCUAGAAAACUCACGGGAAACGAUUCUGGAAUCUCUCCUCUUCAGAGAAUUGGCACUGGACUGUUCUUAGCAACUUUCUCGAUGGUUGCAGCCGCUUUAGUGGAGAAGAAGAGACGAGAAUCGUUCUUGGAACAGAACGUAAUGCUCUCGAUCUUUUGGAUCGCGCCGCAGUUUCUGAUAUUUGGUUUAUCAGAGAUGUUUACAGCCGUUGGAUUAGUGGAGUUUUUUUACAAACAGUCUUCACAGAGUAUGCAAUCUUUUCUCACAGCAAUGACAUACUGUUCUUACUCUUUCGGGUUUUAUCUUAGCUCUGUUCUUGUCUCGACCGUGAAUAGAGUUACUUCUAGUAAUGGUUCCGGGACCAAAGAAGGUUGGUUAGGCGAUAAUGACCUUAACAAAGAUAGAUUAGAUCACUUUUACUGGCUUUUAGCUUCAUUGAGUUUCAUCAACUUCUUUAAUUAUCUUUUCUGGUCAAGAUGGUAUUCGUGUGAUCCGUCCGCGACACAUCAUAGCGCCGAAGUCAAUAGCUUGGAGGCUUUAGAAAAUGGCGAAAUCAAGGAUUCCACGACGGAGAAGCCUAGAAUUUGACUAAUUAAGUAUGGUAGACCAUCUUGUUGUGUAAGUGUAACCAGGGGCGGACCCACGUUGGUCUUGGGUGGGGCAUGUGCCCGAUACUCAAUUCUAUAAAUCUUAUAUAAGUUUGCAUUAUGUAAUUAAAAAUGUAACCUAUAUGCUUAUUAAUACGGUUGUAAUCAUAUGUUUUAGAAGCGGCGGGGUAGAGUUUUUUUGUUUUUAAAUUUAAAAUCGGGGUUUGUAAUGAUGAAGAGUUAGUUUAAAAGGUUUGGAGAACUUGUCUUUUGAAUGAAUAAUGUAUCAAAGCUAGUUGGUUUUGUGAUCUGACUGAUAAAGUU